AUGUUUGAGGGGAUGACGGAUCCGAUGAAUGCGGAAAGGUGGAUCAACCAGCUUGAAAAAUGCUUUAACGUGAUGAGAUGCCCUGAAGAUAGAAAGGUCAACCUUGCAACUUUCCUGCUACAAAAACGAGCGGAGGAAUGGUGGAAGGUACUAAGAAAUAGGGGAAGAGGCAAAGGAGAACCCAACUGGGAAGAAUUUCGUGAAAUCUUUGAUGAAAAAUUUUAUCCUUUAUCGUACCAUGAUACAAAACGAUAUGAAUUCUUACAGCUCAUACAGAGAGAUACGACUGUAGUAGAAUACGAUAUAAAAUAUGCUGAACUCUCAAGGUAUGCCUCAGGUAUUAUUGAAGACGAAAGGGAACGAUGUUGGAGGUUUAAAGAUGGGUUAAAAAGAGAGAUCAGGACUCACGUGAUAGAAAGUGCGGCGUGGGUAGACUUUUCAGGAUUAGUAGAAGCUGCCAUGAGGGUAGAAAGAAGUUUGAUGAUGGAAAAGGUUAAGGAGAGCCUGUUAGGCAGUAAAAGGAAUAAAGAAGGGAGAAAAGACUGUACUCUAGGUGUUGAAAAUAAAUACUUAUUUAAGCGGAAAGGAGCAACAAGAACUGGACCAGGUUUAACAGGAGCAAAUCAAACAAAGGAAUCAGUAGCAAGUAUACAACAAAGACCCAGGUGUUUUAUAUGCAAUGAACACCAUUGGGGAAGGUGCUCGAACCUGGCUCAAGUACGUACUUGCUACAAGUGUGGAGAACUGAGACAUUUUAAAAGAGGGUGUCCCCAGGUGGUGGGUCAUGCUGGUGGAAGCAUAUCACAGACUGUCAACCAGAGUGUAGCACUUCAGAAAUCCGACAAGGGACAUGGUACCGGAGGUGGAAAAGAGGUGGAAGGAAAAUAA